AUGAAUGUCAAUGAUUUGUUCUUCCCCGGCAACCUGACUUAUGUGUUAGCCUUUUUUCUUGGUGCCCUAGCUGUCCGCUCCGUUGCCCGACGUUAUUUCUCACCCCUGGCAUCUGUUCCUGGACCCUUUACCGCUUCCAUAACAAGGGCAUGGAGGGUCAAGGAGGUAUAUUUCGGGCAUGUUGAAGAGACGGAGUUGAGACUACACGAUGUUCAUGGCCCUCUUGUGCGUACCGGCCCAAAUGAAGUCGUGACGAAUGAUCCCAAGGCGAUUGAGGUACUUUACGGAAUCGGCAGUAAAUUUGAAAAGACGGACUUUUACAGACUGUUCGGGUUCCCCAACACCUACGGUGUGCAUCAGUUCUCAGCAUUGUCAAACGCUCUACACAAGAAGCUCAUACGAUAUACUGCCGCCGCAUUCUCGAUGACUUCCAUCGUGGAGCUUGAGCCGUUCGUCGAUAGCUCGGUGGAGUUCUUCGUCCGCAGAAUCAAAGAGCUCGGAUCUAACGAAGCUCCCAUGAACAUGGCGCAAUGGUUCCAGUGGUAUGCAUUUGACGUGAUAGGGGAACUGACCUUUUCGACUCGCUAUGGCUUCAUGGAACAGGCAAGGGAUGUAGGCAAUUCUACUAGGAUGGUGGAUCAAUUCAACACUUACGUUGCCUUCGUUGGUCAGGCGUUUCCAUACCAUUGGCUGCUGCUUGGGAAUCCAUUGUUGACCAUGAUUUUGCCUCCACCGGCAGGAUUGAUCGGUGAGAUGGCUGCCCGAGAAAUUGAAGCACGCAAACGAAGGCCCACUAAUCGUCGGGACAUGCUCUCCCGCUAUCUCAAGGAGCAUGAGAAAAGCCCUCAAGACUUCACAAUGGAAGACGUGUAUAGAAAUGGAGCCGUGACCAUCGCCGCGGGCUCUGAUACCACAGGGAUUGCCUUGACUGCGACUCUUUACCACCUGCUGAAGAACCCUGAAGCCUACCGAAGACUCCAGGACGAGAUCGAUCAGGCUGUCGCCGAUACCAGACUAUCGAACCCUGCUAAGCUUCGCGAAACCCAGUCCCUUCUAUAUUUGCAAGCAGUCAUUAAAGAGGGAAUGAGGAUUCACCCCUCUGUGGGUUUCAUUCUACCUCGACAGGUCCCGCAAGGAGGCUGUACAAUAGCAGGAAAAUUUUUGCCUGCUGGUACACGUAUUGGAAUGAACCCUUAUGUCAUCCACAGGAACCGAGACAUCUUUGGUGAGGACGCGGAGUACUUCCGGCCCGAAAGAUGGCUCGAACGUGACGGGAAGAUGAUGAAUCGGUACAUGCUUCAGUUCGGUCAAGGUUCCAGAAUCUGCGCUGGGAGACACAUAAGCGUCAUGGAAAUGAAUAAGGCCCUAGUCGAGCUGAUCCGAACCUUCGAUAUUGAACUUGUGAACCCGAAAUUUGAGCUUAAUACCAGUACUCGGUGGUUCAUGAAGCCCGAAUCACUGCCGUGUAGAUUCAAGCUGCGCGCAAAUGCCUAA